AUGCCGCAAUCUGCCCUUUUCACAACCUUCCCAUCAGUCAACCCUGGUAAACGGUCACAUAAGGAAACUCAUAUAUUAGAUGAUACUCCCAGUGACAGUUUUGCUGACUUCCCUGAGCCUACUUUAAUGUCCAAGCAUCCUAUGAAAAGAACACUUUUAGACGCCGCCCCACUUAAGGAACGGGCAGCCAAAAAAAUGAAGCGUGAAGACAUUACUGCGAUGCGACUCCCAGAACCAUACGAGAUGCCACUGAUCGAAGAUGACGGCACAAAACCACCGUACAGCUAUGCAACCCUGAUUGGAAUGUCUAUUUUACGUGCUCCUAACAGGAAGCUGACCCUUGCACAAAUAUACAAGUGGAUAUCUGACGCUUUCUCAUACUACAAGAAUAGUGAUCCUGGAUGGCAGAACAGCAUUCGCCACAAUCUCAGCCUUAACAAAGCAUUCAUUAAACAGGAGCGACCGAAAGAUGAUCCAGGCAAAGGCAAUUAUUGGGCUAUAGAGCCUGGCAUGGAGGCGCAAUUUCUCAAAGACAAGCCCCUGCGCCGAGCGACAAUGUCAAGUCUCCCGCUCCCGGCAGCUCCUUUUAGGGAUCCGGCUUCCUCCCAGAGCUCAAGUACAACCACAUGGGCUGUUCCUCCACCGACAUUUACUACAACAGCGAAACCCUCGAAGACUGUGGAUCUGUCAUCUGACGCAACGCUUCCUGCUUCUGACCCCGCUCUCCAAGAUGAUACAGGCGACGAAAGUGUGAAUUGCAAUGUUUUGCAGCCUCCAGCUCCUCGUUCUUCUCCUCCCCAACCAAUCCACUCGUCACCUCCUGUUAUAGCACCUCGCUACUCCCGCCAAGGAACCCCUCCAACUCCUUCCCUUCACAAUACAUCUUCCAGCAUUGUUCACAUCAACAGCAAGCGCAAAUCGCAUGCUAUAAAUGAUAGCGGUUACUUCUCGUCCUUGGAAUCUUCUGCCAUGCGACCAAACAAGGCCGGGCAUAUCCUGACCUCGGAUUUGGAAAUCGAUCCCCCUCGCAUCAAACGCGGUCGCGCAGAAGAAGAGAUUGCCCGCAUUCGAAGCUCGUCACAUGACGUAAGCCCCAGUCAUUGCGCAUCGAUGAAAGAGCCAGGGGUCAUCGUGAAUUCCUCUCCACUACGCGGUGAAUAUGUCAGCAUGCUACCUCCUCCAAUUACGCCCUUAAUCAAGUUCAAGAAACCAGCAAAACCGCCGCCGUCCGUGUCGCCGAACACUAACCUUCGUAACCAUCGAAAGAAAAUUCAGCAGAUGGUGAAUUCUCCCAUCAAACAUCUGGGACUGACGGAUGAGGACCUUCCAUGGAGUCCUGCCUUCAACAUUCAAGACGAGAGCUUUACACCAAGUGACAGUCCAAAUACGAGCUUCGAUGUUUUUGCAGAUCCUGCUACAGACAACUUAUCAAAUGCGGCAUAUGGGUCUCCUGAGAAACGCUCGGCGAAGCGUACCCGAGUUAAUCCCGGGGGAUCCAGCAGUAGUAUACUGGCUGAUAUUACAGCGGUGAGUGUUAACACUCGCACUGAUGUGCCGUCGAUUCCCUCCAACAAAAAAAGUCUUCUCUUCCCUGACUCCCCGUCCAAAGCCCCAGAAUCAGGGCGCUACAUCGACGCCACUCAUGAUGAUUUCUUCGCAUUCCAUCUUUUCGAUGAGAGUCCAGGAGAGGUUGAUGGCGUCGACCUCUUGCAGGGAUUUCAAAAAAUUGGGGAUGCAAGCAAGGAAGAGACUUCGCGUCUAAAAUCAUAUGCACCGAGGCCGCGGUUUAAUCAUCGCAGCAACACGUCCUUGUUUUGA